AGGGGUGGGCGGGCGGGAGGUAGUUGAUUGACAGGCGGGCGGAGCGCACUAGCGCAAGCGAGGAGCGCGCAGUUCGCUUGCUCUCUUUUGCUCGGAACCAGAGCCUGCGUGGAUGUUGCAGAGAGGAAGGAGCGUCCGCGGACUUUGGCUGAGAAACCACGCAACUGGAACCUAAGAUUGAUUUUUGUCAUGGAGUAAAAGACUUUUUCUGAGUGGGAAUUGUGUUCGUUUUUUUUCUUUUUUGGGGGCAGAACAUUCCCUGCGGAAUAAUCCGAAGCAGCAGUACACCAUUUGCAUCAGAAGCCGACUACGAAGUUCCACGCAAAUGGAGUAAAGGCUGCUCGCGGGACUUGCUCGGCUUGGAUGUGUUGGCGUCGGUGGAUGUAAUGCGCACAUUCUCCGCGGGACGCUGACCGGCCGAUGGGGGAAACAUGGACACCUCUUCAGAACUCGAAGACGGGACUCGCCACAAGAACCAGACGUUCUGCGAGUGCGUGCCCGGCUCCUCGCAGCUCAAACAUCGCUGGUCCGACGCGGAAAGCGCCCGGGAGACGCCGGCCAAGCGGAUGAGCUGCAGCUACCUGCUGUGCACCAUCCUGCUCUUCGUGGCCGUCCUGCUGGCCGUGACGGUGACGGGCACCAUCCUCUUCAUGAACCACAACCAAGCGCCGCCCAUGUCGGACGGCCUGCCGCACAUCUCCACCAACCAGGACGAAGCCAACGCUCUGGUGACGGUGGAGCGCGGCGACGGCUCCCGCGUCAACAUCUUCAUCGACCCCAACUGCCCCGACUACAGCGGCAACUUCCUGCGGCUGGAGGGCGUGCAGACCUCGCUCUUGCACUCGCUCACCGACCACGACUCGGACCUCAAGUCGGUCAAGGGCCAAGACCGCGCGCUGCUCGUCAGCCUGGCCGAGGAGGUGGCCAAGCUGUCGGCGCACGCCGGGCAGCUCAAGAUGGACUACGAGGCGCUGCGCCGGGGGCAGGGAGGCCUGGGCCAGGACCUCAACACGCUGCAGUCGGAGCAAGCGCGCCUCAUACAGCUGCUGUCAGACAGCCAGGUGAACAUGGUGAAGGUGGUCAACUCUGUAAGCGACGCGCUCAACGCCAUGCAGAAGGAAAACGUAGGGCUGAAAGCACGCACCAAAGCCGACCUGCAGAGGGCGCCGGCGAGGGGCACCCGCUUCAAAGGCUGCGCUAACGGCUCGCGUCCUCGCGAUUGCAGCGACCUGUACGCUAGCGGCCAGCGCGAGGACGGCAUCUAUUCCAUAUUCCCUAUUCACCAUCCCAGCGGCUUUCAGGUCUACUGCGACAUGACCACCGACGGAGGCGGCUGGACGGUGAUCCAGCGCAGGGAAGACGGCUCGGUCAGCUUCUUCCGAGCCUGGGAGUCCUACCGGGAGGGAUUUGGCAAAAUCACCGGGGAACACUGGCUCGGGCUGAAGCAGAUCCACGCUCUGUCCAUCCAAAGCAACUACGAGCUGCGCAUCGACCUGGAGGACUUUGAGAACGGCACGGCGUACGCUCAGUACGGCACCUUUGGCGUGGGCCUCUUCUCGGUGGACCCGGACGACGACGGCUACCCGCUGACGGUGGGGGACUACUCUGGAAAUGCAGGCGACUCGCUCCUGAAGCACAACGGCAUGAAGUUCACCACCAAGGACCGCGACAACGACCACUCUGAGAACAACUGCGCCUCCUUCUACCACGGCGCCUGGUGGUACCGCAACUGCCACACGUCCAACCUGAACGGCCAGUACUUGCGCGGCCAGCACACGUCCUACGCCGACGGCAUCGAGUGGUCGGCCUGGACCGGCUGGCAGUACUCGCUCAAGUUCUCCGAGAUGAAGAUACGGCCCACCCGCGACCUGGACGGCAAAUGAGGGAGAACUCCCUCGUCCUGUGCCCGGUCCAUUUUGUUUUUUUGGUGUCUCCGCCCCUUUUAGUCUUUUUCUGGGGGGAAAAAAGAGAAAUCGGAUUUUAUUUUUCGUGGAACCAGCAAGGACCAAGCGGGAAGUAGAGGAGGAGACAAUGGAGGACAUCUUUCCUCCAACCCACGCCACGUUACCUGAUGUUGUGUGCGUGCUCAUGUUGAUGUGCACGCUAGAACAUAAAAAAAAAAUCAAUUCAGUCCACUUCUCUUCUACCGACCUAAAUGUUUUCUUUCUUUUGUCCUUUACGUUUAUGCAAAUGAGACGAAAAGCACCGUAUAAAUAUAUAUAAAUAAUCUCUAUAUCUAUACAUACAAAAAAGAAUAAUGUUGCGGAGAAAGAGUGCAAUUCAAAUUUGUACGUCAUCUUAUUUUCAUUGAAUUUCCACAAAGAAGCGCGGUGG